CACUAGCUGCAACUGUAUUCUGUAAUGGUAUGCUAAGUUUAAAUUGUUUUACUUUGUACGAUCACUUGAGCGACACUAUCACAAAGGUUGCUGCAACACUCACUUAUGCCACCAUGCACGUUAAGUACCAAGUAGUAUUAGUACCUGUACGAAAAAGAAUAUUUGCGAUCGCACUGUUUUUUGCUCGGAUCUGUUGGUCAAUCUGUCAUCCAAUUGCCAGUUAAGUAUUGGUGCUCUUUGUGCACGGUUGUUUUACAACAAAUCUGCAACGGAAGCGCAGCAACGAUGACCCUAAGCUGCAGGCUAAUCGGUGCCGUACGACAUUGAAUCUGACUAAAAUUUAUCUGUUCACUACAGCGUAUUACAAUGAGAUCUGGCGUAACGCCGCAGCGGUCAUGACGCCCACGCUUUGUGGCGUUAUUUUGAUUUGAAGUGUGAUGUUACUUACGACCAGACAAUGGAAUUACUGGCUGUAUUAUCACUAGAAACCUGCUUAUUAUGUGGAGUUCUUUUUAUUAUGCGCACUUAUUGUACGGCGUAAAUUGGUACGUUUUUUACCGUGAGGACUUCAGCGAUCAGAUUCUGUCCAUAUGUAUGUAAUCAUGCCCCAGAAAAUGAUGUACUGCUUUGAUGUGUGUGUUAUAACUGAAGAGUGCUCAUCCAAAGAUUCUGCGGAUGUUUACCUAUGAUUGUGAGCAUUAUAGCUAAUUGCUGCCAUUGUUGGUACAAUAAUAGGAUUAUAAGAUACGGUAAUUUUGCUGCCAGAUUCUUGGUUUACAUAAUAUGUACAUCAAUCUGCUCACUCCGUUCUGAGAUGCUCUGGCAAGAUGUAACCGAUUAGAUUUCACGCGCCGUAUAACUGGAUUAUUGCGGACAUACCCUACCUAGCUUCUCGGUAAUUGAAUGGAUUCGGACAACUGUUUCUUUGCGGAAGAUCUUAAGGAUCAUCACGAGGAAGAAGACGUUGCAGUGCAUGAGUUCGUUGAUACGCUACGAGACAUUUUGCAAGAUCUGAAGUGCUUGGACGGCACGAAAACAUCACAGUGCGCUGCAGUACAAGUCCACGACUCCGAAAUCAAAAUUCUUAAGGACCAAACUGUUUUCCUCGCCAAGCGUAUUCUGAAGUUGCAUCAUGGAUAUGAAGACAUGCAACGCAGAGUUCAGCACCUGGAAGCCGCAAAUUCCGGCAGGGAACGACGCAGCCCGAGCGCUGAAAUGGAUUUCAGCGAGGUCACCGAAAGGACAAUAAAUGGUGGCAAAAUUGGCGAACUACCGGACAGCGGCUGUUUAGCCAGUCCGACAAAUAGUGUCAUUGACAGCUCUCCCAACAGCGAAUGUGGUGCUUACGAUAAAAUGGAAAGGAUGUCAAAUGCCGGGAAGGGCAGUCAAUGUGAAAAUGAACAUGACGAUCACGAAAUGAGUAUGGGCGUGGUCGAGCUGGAUCCACCUUUUGUUCCCACUGUUGACAAAGUCGUACAAAAAAUCGCGCACAUCGAACAAGAAUACACUGAAAUACUGCACUCUGUAUUGGCGGGAAUGAACACUCGAGGACAAAGUUUCCACUACCUGAACGAGAUCUAUCUGCGGCAUAAAGCUCUGCUGAAAUCUCUGGUAAACACUGAUGCACCAUUCAACCAGACUUCUAUGUCGCAAGCUCAUAUCAGAAUGAACUUCCUAUUCAGGAUGCUUAUUUUUUGGACAGACCAGAAAAUCCUUGAAAUGUACAUAAAACUGCUCGGGUCACCUUUCGAUGCGGCAAGGAUUCAAGAAGGCCAACAAGAUUUCGUUGCCGCAACGUAUUCCGAUAUCUCCUUCGUUGUGAAACAAAUUAUUUGGAAACAUUUACACUUUCUUGCAAUCUAUUUUAAGGGGGUGCGGGAUAGUUCAACCAAAAAAGAAUUUCACAUCGACCAUUUAAUCUGCACCCUGGACUAUUUAGUACAACAAGUGGACGAUGAUUCCUUAUUCCCAGAGAGCAAUACUCUAGUGUUACCCCGUCCUGCUUUCGCUGACCUGCCCAUUCCCACGCAAACAGUAUUACAGCUUCGGGACCAAUCUGUUCAAACGGACUUGGAUAACCAGCGAAUUCGCCUAGAAUACGUUGAAGGAACCUCUUAUUCUGUUAAAAUCGCUGUACAAAACUGUAACGAAGUUCAGAAAAAUGCGUUCCGCCAGAUUACACGACGUAUGUCUUUACCAAAGCAGUGCUAAAAGGUCAAACUUUCUUGUUGACAUCGACGGUUGGCCUGUGUUGUCUGUACGAUUGUGUGACAAACAUUUUGUGGAA